UUGAAAGGCAAGGUUGCCUUGAUCACCGGAGCAGCGAGAGGCAUUUGAAAGGCAAUGGCGACAAAAUUCAUAAAAAAUGGGGCCAAAGUAGUGAUCACGGACAUCUUACACCAACUUGGCCAAGAUGCAGCAGUGGAGCUUCGACCCAAUGCGACCUUCGUCUCUUGCGAUGUUACACGAGAAUCGGAUAUCUCCGAUGCCGUGGAUUUUACCGUCUCAAAACACGGUCGUCUUGACAUCAUGUACAACAACGGGAUCGUUGGGAACUCUCCUCCCAGGAUCGUCGACCUCGACAUGACGGAAUUUGACCGGAUCAUGAGCAUCAAUGUACAGGGUGUUGUCGUCGGGAUAAAGCAUGCAGCUAGAUUCAUGAUGCCUCGCCAUUCUGGCUGCAUCCUUUGCACUGGGAGCGUCACGGUGUUGAUGGGUGGGUUGUCGCCACCAGAAUACUCCAUUUCUAAGGGCGCGUCACUGGGAUCGUCAAAUCAGUUGUGGCCGAGAUGUGAAAGUAUGGCAUUCAGGUUAAUUGCAUCUCGCCGUUCGCCAUUCCGACCCCGUUUGUGAUGCAUUAAAUGGUCAAGAUGUUUCACGGCGUUGAUGAGCAGCGCCUUGUGGAGAUGGUUCAGGGUCCCGAAGAGUUGGAUGAAGGCAUUGCAAAUGCCGCACUGUACCUUGCCUCUGAUGAUGCCAAAUACGCGAGCGGAUCUUCAUCAACUCAUCAAGAGAUUUGGGUUUCGGGAAUCGGAUCUUUCAUUUUAUGAGAAAUAAGAUGAUGAAUACUAUAUUUAUCAAGAAUUUUUCUUUAUGAUUUUACCACUUAAUGUUGGAUGAUUAAAUUUACAUCUCUGGAAACCUUCACCUUGUGAAUACAAAACAAGGGACUUUCAUUGGAGAAUUUUCAAUUUGCAUGGAAGUAAGCAAAGCCAACAAAGGAA